AUUGUCUCUGAUGCAGAAAACAAAGUAACCAUUAUUUUGUUGAUAAGUACCCAUGGUUCACAUGUUUCCAUACAGAUAUAUACCAGAGAAGAUAAGGAGAAUCCUGUGCCUCAUAAGGAAUAGACGAGUGGAAAGGAGUAGACAAUGGAUUACAUAACAUUUUUGCUUUUGCUUUCCUUUGUGUGGACAUGCAUUCAUCUCCUCAAACUCAGUCCGAUUGGCCGGAAACCUGGUACAGCCAACCUCCCUCCAGGCCCCCGGCCUUUGCCAAUCAUCGGCAACAUCCUCAAACUUGGUGACAAACCCCAUCGAUCACUUGCAAAUCUCUCCAAAACUUAUGGUCCUGUAAUGUCUCUCAAGCUUGGGAGUAUUGCUACCAUAGUCAUUUCCUCUUCAGAAACUGCAAAAGAGGUCCUACACAGAAAUGAUCAAGCUUUCUCCAGCCGAACAGUCCCGGAUGCUGUCAGAGUGCAUAAUCAUCAUGAAUCUUCAAUGGUAUGGGUUCCAGCAUCAGCACAUUGGCGAAAGAUUAGGAAGAUAUGCACCAGGGAAAUAUUUUCGGUGCAGCAGCUCGAUGCCAGCCAAGGCCUUCGGAGAAAAAUUGUACAGGAACUGCUGGACCAUGUGGAAGAAUGUUGCAGUAGAGGUUGUGCAGUCGAUAUUAAUGGAGCAGUCUUCACAGCAAGCCUUAAUUUGUUAUCGAACACUAUUUUCUCCAUUAAUUUGGCUCAUCAUGGUUCUAAUUUUUCACAAGAGUUCAAGAAUAUUGUCUGGGGUGUGAUGGAAGGAGUUGGAAGACCCAACUUUGUAGAUUAUUUCCCGGCCUUUAGAUUGAUUGAUCCACAAGGUAUACGGUGGAACAUGAAAAUUUAUUUUAAUAAAUUAUUUGAUAUUUUUGAUGGUAUAAUCAAUCAAAGGUUGCAAUCAAAAACUUCAUCAGCAAGCAAGGAUGUACUAGAUGCCCUCCUCAAUCUCACAAAAGAAAAUGACAAGGAGUGGAGCUGCAGUGAUAUAAAACAUUUGCUUCUGGAUCUCUUUGUUGCGGGAACUGACACGACUUCAAGCACAGUAGAGUGGGCAAUGGCAGAGUUACUAUGCAACCCGGAAAAAAUGGCAAAAGCUCAAAAGGAGAUCCGAGGAGUCCUUGGGAAUGAAGGGAUAGUUCAAGAAUCAGACAUCUCAAAGCUCCCUUACUUACAAUCCAUAGUUAAAGAAACCUUUCGGUUGCACCCACCAGCCCCACUGCUAGUCCCCCAUAAAGCUGAAACAGACGUAGAAAUAUGCGGCUUCACAAUUCCAAAGAAUUCACAAGUACUAGUUAAUGCGUGGGCAAUUGGUCGAGAUCCAAGCACUUGGCCCAACCCAAAUGCAUUCAUGCCUGAGAGGUUCCUAGAGUGUGAUAUUGAUGUCAAAGGCCGAAAUUUUGAGUUGAUUCCAUUUGGUGCUGGAAGAAGAAUAUGUCCUGGAAUGCCAUUAGCUCAUAGGAUGGUGCACCUGAUGUUGGCCUCUCUUCUUUAUUCCCAUGCUUGGAAGCUUGAAGAUGGUAUGGAACCAGAAAAUAUGGACAUGAGUGAGAAGUUUGGGCUUACAUUACAGAAGGCCCAGCCUCUACGGGCUAUUCCCAUCAAGGUUUAAUUGUAUUUUUUGGUUCCAUGUAAUUAAGUAGCACGUAGUGUUGGUGCACUCUGUUUUUUAGCCCUGUUCUAGAACCUCCCCUUAUAUAUAAUUAAACAGCUUUCUACGUGUCAUGUUCCCAUUGGUUUAAUGUGUAAUUGAAAAAUAUUAUCUAGGAUUUGGGAUGAGGCCAUGUUCGUGUUAACAUGACCGUCUUCAAGUUCUUUUCUACAUGGAUGGUUCAUGUAGCUAUCGAACAUAGAUGCUUGAUUGCCAUCUUCAUCAUGGUUACUCAAGUGCUCACUUUGUUUGCCCCA